CACUACAUUUAAUUCCCCACUGUUUCUGAUCUUAAACAACUUGGACAGAAGAAAACUUCUCCAACAAAUGGCUAGAGUAGCAGGCAUUUUUCUGUGCCUCCUGAUUUUAGUCAUGGAUGUUGCAGCUGGGAUUCUUGGCUUCGAGGCUGAAAUAGCACAAAACAAGGUUAAGCACUUAAGAUUGUGGAUAUUUGAGUGUAGAGAGCCAAGUCAUCAAGCCUUCAUGUUAGGGUUGGGUGCAGCAGUGCUUUUGGGACUAGCCCAUGCUAUAGCCAAUUUGCUUGGUGGCUGCAAUUGCAUUUGUUCUCAACAAGAGUUUGAGAAGGCUUCCUCCAAUAGGCAACUCUCAACUGCUUGCCUUAUUUUAACUUGGGUUGUGCUGGCCAUUGGAUUGUCCAUGCUGGUGAUAGGGACCAUGUCAAACAAUAGGUCAGAUGGUUCCUGUGGUUUCUCACACCAUCACUUCCUGUCCAUUGGUGGAAUCUGUUGUUUUGUUCAUGGCCUAUUCUGUAUUGCAUAUUACGUUUCUGCCACUGCCUCUAUGGAUUAAUUAGUGAGUAAGAAAAGCAUCUAGAAGUCACUCAUUUAUGCUUUAGUGCUUUUGGAGCUUUCCUAAAAAUGAGUGUGACUUUGCAAAAUGUGUAGGAAGACUUUAAUGCUCCUUGUACUAGAAAAGGGAAACAUGCAACCGUUUUUUAGAUGACCAAACUACCCUCUGCAUUGACUUGUAUCAUUAUUAUCAUAGUUCAAGUUGUUUUUAAUUAGGCCAUAGCCAUUGAAUUUGCUAUCAUCCUAUGAAACUGGCUGUAGAAAAAUUUUAGGUGCCAUAGAUCUUGGGUGUUAGCUACUUGCUAUAUGAAUUUUUCCCCUUUUUUUCCCUUGAA